AGCAAACACAAGCUUGCUCGGAAAUAUGAGAGAAUGGGAGGAGCUAAAUGCAGCAAGACGGAGAACCUGAUACCCUACUGAUUGACCCCUGCCAUCUCUUCUUCCUUCUCACCUCACCCCUUCUCAACUAGCGUCUUUACCCACCGUCUCACCCCCUGCUGCUCCACCUGCGCCGGAGACGGUAGGCUGCUGUUCUUCUAUCUACGCACUGAAACCUGCUAGCCUGCUCAGGCUUUGGAUCUGGUGGUGGAUCUUGAUUACUAUUUUUUUCCUUCCGGAAAGAGGGUAAAUCCCCGGCCGGGUGGAUCUGGGUAGUUCAUGCAAGUUAACUAACAAAAAUAGUACUAAUACAGCCUUGUUCUUUCCAUCAACGCCUGAAAUCGUGGGAAAUAGAAUCCCCUUGACUGUUGAAGUUUCUUCCCGAUCUGUUUCUUGGCCUUUUUGCUACAAAAAAAGAGUUCCCUUCAUUCAGCAGGCUAUUUAAAUGUUUCAGGUUCAUCACAAGCACAUAUAGCUACAGAGCCAAGAUAGAUACUUGUCCAGCCAGAGAUGGCUGGAAUAAUGGUGAGCGCUUCUACUGGGGUGAUGAACUCUCUCCUGGGUAAGCUGGCCACCAUGAUGGGGGAGGAGUUCGCCAAGCUAAAGAACUUGAGGAAGGAGGUUAAGUACAUCAGCGACGAGCUGAGCAGCAUGAAGGAUGCUGUAGAGAGCCUUGCAGAUGUUGAUGAGCUGGAUAAACAGACCGCGAGGUGGAGGGAUGCAGUCAGGGAGAUGUCAUAUGACAUCGAGGAUAUUAUUGAUGACUUCAUGUGCAAAAUUGGGGAGAAAAGCAAAAAAUCUGGGUUUGUCCAUGACACCAUUCAACGCCUUCGAACUUCAAGGGUCCGCCAUAAGAUUGUUGGUCAGAUCGAGGACAUAAAAAAACUCGUGCAUGAGACAACUGCACGUCGUGAGAGGUAUAAGGUUGAUGUCCCAACAUCACACAAUGUGGCUGUUGACCAACGAGUUGUCACACUCUAUGCAAAUGCGGCUAAACUUGUUGGUAUGGAGGGCCCAACCAAUGAGCUUGUUAAUUGGCUGAAAGACGAUGAGAAGAAGCUGAAGGUUGUAUCAAUUGUUGGUUUUGGAGGUUUGGGUAAAACAACACUUGCCAAUGAGGUAUACCAUAAGCUGAAGGGGGAGUUUCAUUGUGGUGCAUUUUUGCCAGUUUCUCAAAAGCCAAAUGUUCCAAAACUUCUGCAUAGUUUAUUAACCCAACUUGGUUGUCAACAAUCUUUUCACGACUGUGAGUUAAAUGUUCUUCUUGACCAAAUCAGAGAAAAUCUAAAAAACAAGAGGUACUUCAUUGCCAUCGAUGAUCUAUGGGAUGUAUCAGCAUGGAGUAUUAUUAAAUGUGCUUUCCUAGAAAAUAAUCUUGGUAGUAGAUUAAUAGUAACUACAAGAAUCAGGACUGUGGCAGAGGCAUGUUAUUUCAGCCACCAUGAGCACAUUCUAGAAAUGAAACCUCUUAGUGAAGAAGACUCGAAGAAGUUGUUUUUUGAUAGGAUAUUUUUGUCUGAAGAAGCUUGUCCAGCUCAACUCAGAGAUGUUUCAGUUGACAUUCUCAAGAAAUGUGGUGGUUUGCCACUUGCAAUCAUCAGCAUAUCCAGCCUAUUAGCAAGUGGAAGUUCUGACCAAAAGGAGAGGUGGAAACAUGUACUGAAUUCUUUGGGGUCAGUGUCGGGCACAAAUCUCACCUUGGAAGCAAUGAGACAGAUCUUGAACCUUAGCUACAAAAAUCUUCCUCACCAUCUCAAGACAUGCUUCUUGUAUCUUGGUAUGUUUCCAGAGGACUAUCUAAUACAUAGGCGUAAGUUGGUAAGUCUAUGGAUAUCCGAAGGUUUUAUUAGUAAAUCACAUAGGCAAAGCCUAGAACAGACUGGGAUAAGCUAUUUCAAUGAGCUUGUCAACAGGAGCCUUAUUCAACCUGUAAGGAUUGACCAGGAUGGGUCAGUGGGAACUUGCAAAGUUCAUGAUAUGUUGUUGGAUCUUAUUUUGUACAAGUCCGCAGAAGAGAAUUUUAUCACUGUAGUAGACAACCCAGAGGCCAUUGCAGGACAGCUUCGAAAGCCCCGCCGGAUGCUCUUCAACUUGGAUGGUGCAACACUGGCAAGGGAUGUUAGUAUGUCACAACUGCGAUCGUUUGCAAUGUGGAGAGGCUCUAUGAAUAAUCCUUCUCUGGCAGAGUUCAAGUAUCUUCGAGUUUUUGUUGCGGACUUCAGUUCUAGUUCUUCUGAUGACAACCGGAAAAUCGACCUGACAGGAUUGUGCAAGUUAUAUCAGCUGCGACAUAUAUGGAUUCGUGGCUGUAGUAAGUGCCAGCUACCAACCCAAAUUAGAGGGUUACAGAUGUUGGAAAGAUUUGAUAUAGAUGGGUCUUGUAUCCCAAUGGAUAUUUUCCACCUGCCGUGCUUGUUGGAUGUGAUUGUUCCAUCCGUUAAAAGGCUGCCUGAGGGCAUUGGUAAAAUGAAAUCCCUACAACAUCUGGAUUGGUUUUACAUGCGUCACACCUCACUCGACAGUAUCAAGGGCCUAGGAGAGCUCACCAAUCUGAGUACUCUACUUCUCACAACCGGUUUUUCUGAAGACGUGGAUAUGGAUGUUCUGAACUCUUCUUUGGGAAAACUUUGUAGCCUCGAGUUCCUGGACAUAGUUUCUCCUGGUGAUUCUUGGAUACCUGAGGCAUUAACCUUGUCGCCUCCUCCCCCCAACCUUGUGAAACUCUACAUGAUGAAAAGGUCCCACAUCCCUAAAUGGAUUGGGGAACUCCAUAACCUCCAGACCUUGUUUCUUCAUGUUGAGAAGCUGGACAAGAAUGGUGUUGGUAUUCUUGCAGAGUUAUCAGCCCUCGUUGACCUAGAAUUAACGUUUGAUAGAGCCCUGGAAGAAACAAUUGCCAUCUACGGGACAGCAUUCGCAAUCCUAAAGCGGUUUCGGGUCAACUGCAAGAACAUGGCACACCUAACCUUCCAAGUUGGGGCAAUGCCCAAGCUCCAGUGCAUCUCUCUAGGGUUGAAUGCCUUGGGGUGGAAGCAGGAAAAUUACGCCACACCUACAGGUAUCGAGAACUUGUUCGCGCUUGAAAGAAUUUCUGUAACAAUCGGCUGCCUGGAUGCUACUGAAUCUGAACAGAGAAGCGUAGAGUCUGCCAUCAGGAGCGCUAUCAACAUGCAUCCUGGCCAUGCUCACAUUACAACCAAUAUUGCACGGGAACCAUACCGUUUUUCUUUCGGUGAAUCCGUGACAAAUCCUUGGUAUCAGGCAGAACCAGCAGCUGGAAGGUCGAUUCUCUGAUAUGGAGCAACAAGAUGAGGUAUGCAAAGGAACGUUGAGUUGUCUACAACAUUUAUGCCGAAUUAUAGCGGAUGGAGAUGGAUUACUGCAUUUCCUUUCCUUCUGGUCCGGAAUAUCGAGCUAUCACUUUGCUUUGUGCUAUCUCCUAGUGUAGUUACCUCGUCGAAUUUAUUCUCCUUUGCUUUGCUUGGGUUUCUCCUGUACUGUAAUAAGGCUUGAUGGUGGGCAGGUUCCAAGUUAGUCGCUCCAUGCUUGACUAGUCCGGGAUUCUAUAUACUAGUACUACUUGUUAUUGUUGUUUGUGUAUUGUGUGCCUCUUAAAUACGUACAUCAAAUAGAGUGUUGUUUUAUUAUUUGUAUUCAACUCAAUAUUUAUUCCUUGUAGUAGUGUUUGCAUUUCUCGAAGGGACAGUUGAGAUGUUGUAUUUC